AUGCCGGGCGCGCCCGCGCCGGCCCCGUCCGACGAUGGCGACAACGUGUACGACGUCAUCAAGGACUUCGGCGCGGUCGGGGACGGCGUGACGGACGACACGGACGCGAUCAAGACCGCGUGGGACACGGCGUGCCAGGACGACGGGGAGGGCGUCGUCCUCGCGGCCGCCGGGCACUCGUUCCUGGUGCACACCACCACCUUCACCGGGCCGUGCCAGGGCAGCGUCACGCUGCAGAUCGACGGCACGAUCGUGGCGCCCAGCGAGCCCACCACGUGGCCGGCCAACAGCAAGCGCAACUGGCUGGUGUUCUACAAGGCCGACGGCAUGGCGCUGCGCGGCUCCGGGCUCAUCGACGGCAAGGGCCAGAAGUGGUGGGAUCUCCCCUGCAAGCCUCACAAGGGAGGAAGCACCCACGGACCUUGUGACAGCCCGGUGGCGCUUAGGUUUUUCAUGAGCAACAACGUGACGGUGCAAGGGCUCAGAGUGCAGGACAGCCCGGAGUUCCACUUCCGGUUCGACAGCUGCCGCGGCGUGCACGUCGACAGCCUCUCCAUUAGCUCCCCGGCGCUGAGCCCCAACACCGACGGCAUCCACGUCGAGAACACCCAGGACGUGCUCAUCACCAACACCGUCGUCUCCAACGGCGACGACUGUGUCUCCAUCGGCGCCGGCACCCUCAACGUCCACAUCGAGAACGUCACCUGCGGCCCCGGCCACGGCAUCAGCAUCGGGAGCCUGGGAAAGCAGGGGUCGCGGGCGUGCGUGGCCAACAUCACGGUGCGGAACGCGGUGAUCCGGCACUCGGACAACGGCGUGAGGAUCAAGACGUGGCAGGGCGGCUCCGGGUCGGUGUCGGCGGUGACCUUCGAGAACGUGCGCAUGGACGCCGUGCGCAACCCCAUCAUCAUCGACCAGUACUACUGCCUCACCAAGAGCUGCGAGAACGCCACCACCGCCGUCUUCGUCUCCGACAUCACCUACGCCGGCAUCCGGGGCACCUACGACGUGCGCGGCCCGCCCAUCCACUUCGGCUGCAGCGACGCCGUGCCCUGCACCAACAUCACCCUCUCCGGCAGAAACUUCCAUUAUUCAACAUUCGCAAUGGCAGUACAAGGACACAAGAAAAAUUAUAUACAGAAAAAAGGAUUAGACCCUUCUUUAAGCUCUGGAAUCAUCAGAACCAUGAUCAAGCUCGGUGGCACAUUUUCCGCAGGAUCUAGCAUAGUUCCGCGCAUCUCUGUCAACAAUGUAUUCAUAGACUACUUGCUGAUGACAAACUUUGUUUUCCGUUAG